AUAUAUAAACUCGACUCCAACUCUGUAAAUUCACAUCGUCGCAAUAUCCACUUCUGUGUAUUUCCUAUUAUCCCUCAUCUCUUUCUAAAUUCUCUCUCCAAACGACCACACCCCAAACACAAUUUCUCUUACUUCCUUUCUUCUUUCUGCAAUGAAUUUCUUUAAAUCCGUUUUCUCAGACGAACCCACUCCACCUGAUUCACCCAAAUCCCGACCCGAUUCCCCAACCUCCCAAUCCCCUAACACCGGCCCUACCACUUCCGCAUGGUCCUUUGGUGACUUAAUCAAAACCCUAUCCACCAAAUCUGAGUCCAUGAUCCAAACCUACCGCCAAGACUUUGAAGAAUUAGGAUCUGGUCUCCGAAAGGAAACGGCUGUGAUCAGAGAUGUCGCUUCGCGCGCUGUCAAGGUUCUUCCAGCCUCCUUCGAAAUCGGUGCUUCCGUCGCCCAGGAAUCGCUCGAAACUGUCGGCCAGGCCAUCGAUGAUAUCGGAGCCACUGUCUGGAAAUCAACGGCUCAGAUCAUAUCUCAUGAUUGCCCUUUCAUUCUUCAAGAAUUUAAUUGCCAAAAGAAUGGUAGACCAGACAAACACUAUCUCAGUUAUAGGUGGAAGCCCACUUCAUGCAGAUUACCAAGGUUCAAUGGAAAAUCUUUUUUGUUAAAAAUGAAGGGAAAGAAUAUCAUGUUUGUAGGAGAUUCCUUGAGUCUGAAUCAAUGGCAAUCACUCAACUGCAUGCUUCACACAGCAUUACCAGAAGCUAAGUAUACUUUAGAUAGAGUCGGAGGCCUGUCUACAUUCAGAUUCACAGAGUACAAUGUUUCAUUGAUGCUCUCUAGGAAUGCACUUCUGGUUGACACUGUUGAAGAAAAAAUUGGAAGAGUUCUGAAACUCGACUCCAUUAGUAAUGGAGAGUUGUGGAAAAGAGUCGACACAUUGAUCUUCAACUCAUGGCAUUGGUGGCUUCACACAGGAAGAAAGCAACCAUGGGAUUUCAUCCAAGAAGGAGAAAAGAUAUACAAAGAUAUAGAUCGGUUGGUGGCCUACGAGAAGGCACUCAGGACAUGGGCCAGAUGGAUUCAACACAAUAUCGAUCCUACUAAAACCCAGGUCUUCUUCCAGGGUAUUUCACCAGAUCAUGAAAACUCAACAGAUUGGGGCAAUCCAUCACGAAAGAAUUGCAGAGGAGAAACAGAACCAUUGCUGCAGCCAAAUUAUCCAGGGGGUAAGCAUCCAGCAGAAGCUAUUGUAGAAAGAGUACUAAGAACCAUUUCAAAGCCAGUUUAUUUGCUCAACAUCACAACCCUUUCACAAUUGAGAAAAGAUGGGCAUCCCUCAGCUUAUGGUUAUGGUGGCCGCCAAGCCACAGACUGUAGCCAUUGGUGCCUCGCUGGAGUUCCUGAUGCUUGGAACGAGCUCUUAUAUGCAGCUCUAAUUUUUUUAAAAAUAGCCAUUUAAAUGUUUCUCAAAUAAUUUUAGUAGUACAAGCAGGGUAUUGUGGACCGGAAUAGAUGUCUUCUCUUUGGGAUCAAAUUUGUAUUCAUUUAUCCAGAUUACAAGAGACUGUUCUUUUAUUAUUA